AUGACUACAACUUUAAGUCCGGAAUCGGCUAAUUGGAUUUUACCAUCUGUUCCAUCAACAUUAAUAUCAACAGUACCAAAUGAUAAAGAAUCUUUACCGUUUCAUGUUAAUAGAGAAGGUGUUGCAAAUUAUAUUAGAAAUCGUGGUACUUUAAAUUUUAGUGAAUGGGCGGCUCAAGGUAGAAGAAUAACAACGUCAACAGAUAUAGAAUCAAUAGUUCAACAGCGCAAUAGUUUUCCAGUACCACCACCCAAAGUAAUUGGACCUGAUGCAACACGAAAUUAUAUACGAAGUCGUACUUCAACACCAAAUCUUAUUUAUGGUAAUCUUGAUCCACCUAAUCCUCAUCAUCAUUGUCGUGUUAAAAAUGAAGGUCGUGCUAAUUAUGACAGAAAUCAACAUUCACAAAUGAAAACAUUAUUAGAAAACUAUGGAAAAUUACCAUUACCUGCACAACCAAUACCCCAUACACAAGGCGAAAUAGCUACUAAUCUCUUUUAUGCACAUCAAGAAGGUCAUAUGGGUAAAAUUUUAAGUAAUUAUGGUCAUGUCACGCCGUCAUCAAAACCAGUUUCACAUGUAAAAGGUGUUGCUGCUGAAGUUAAUUUACAAAGAGGUUAUGGUCAUUCACAUCUACUUGAACAUGACAUUAAUAAUCGUCCACCAUCAGUUAAACCACAUGUAAGCGGUAUGCAAGCUCAUUUAAAUUAUGAUAUGGGACGAGGUCGUCUUGUUAAUAGACUUUUUAAUGAAUAUGGCAAGUUACCACAAUCUGCUCGAGUUCCACCAAAAGUUAAAUUUGAUGGUGUUCAAAAUUUUGCUAAAGGUCAAGGUGAUGCAAUGCGUAAAACAAUAUCACAAUGUCCACCAUCAUAUCGUUAUCUCGAACGACCACAAUCAGCACUAUUAUGA